AAUAAUUAAAGAGGCUGUAUUGAUCGGUCAAUUGAUUGUACUGCUGAAAAAUAAAUAAUUAAUAUGCAUGCGAGCCAGUAUAGUGUGCAUUGUAGCAGAAUUGAUUUAGAAUAAGAUGUUAGUUCAUUAUUACACAUAUUAGGAUCUGAAUAAGAUCAACAGCAACAUAAAGAAGCAGCCUAAAUGCAUCAACUUAUGAACAUCAUCUCAUUAGAACCAGUCUAUCAGAAGAUAAUAUUAUCAACUUCAUAAAAGCUUUGUGGAAGCAGGUAGAAGACGACCAAAAUAUAAAGACAGAAAUAAUGAGUUAUAAGUCGCAAGCAAUCCGAUAUUUCAUAGUCAUAGUGAUAGGAAUAUUAGCUCUAAGACUAGGUUUCUAUGUACUUUAUGGAAGAGAGCUACCAAGUACAGUUCACAGUGCUCAAUCCGACAAUUCAAGACGCUUCACUAGAACUAGUAUAUGUGAAUCUAUAGUAAACCAAAAACAGUGUCAAAGUGCUAACGAAUGUGGCUGGUGCAGAAACAAUGAUACUCAGUCAUGUAUAGAAGGCACCAAGGAUAGACCGCAAUAUCACCAGUGCUCCCUGUGGUGUUUUGGAUACAGGGAAAAGUGUCGCCCACAAAAGAAACUUAUUGUAUUUGGAAAUGGGCCGUCACUGAAGGGAUUUGACUUCUUCAAGACUAAAGGAGUGGAUACCUUAGGAAUGAACUUAGCCUUUAGAUAUUGGAAACAGAUUGAUUGGUGGCCGACAUAUUAUGCAUCAUUUGAUACUGUUGUUAACAUCGCACACAUCCCGGAGCUAAUGGAUAUGAUUGAAAACUCUGAAAAACGUGGCAUGAAACUCUUUUUUACUCGAUCAAAUAUUGCCAAGAAAGAACCUCAACUGAAAUCUCAUCCGAAAGUAAAAUUUUAUGAAAACAUUAAAGCAGCCAGUGACCAAAAUAUGGUAAAAGUGACUCGUGAAAUCUCAACAGGAGCUUUAGCUGCGAGGAUUGGACAAUACUUAGGAUAUGAGAAGAUCUUGCUCCUAGGAAUUGACAUGAAUUAUGUUGAAUACAUCAAUGGUUCAACACGCCAUAAAGGAGGGACACUUAUCAUGAAAGAAACCCCUAAAAACAACUCAAACUAUUUCUUUUCAAAUUACCAAGUGAAAGGUGAUGUGUAUAAUGUUCCAAACAAUGAGGUGGUUCAUGUAACUGCAUUCAAGCAGAUUCUAGAGGACACCAAGAAACACCCAGAGUUCAAUGUAGAAUAUUUCAAUGGUAGUCCAGUGUCAAGACUAAAUGGAAUUGGAUACAAAUUCAUGAAAUUUGAAGACUUUAUGAAACUGUG